GCAAUCUGGGGAAGAAGUGUCAUCUUUUACCUCCUGCAUAUGUUAAAAGAGGCUCCCAAGUAGGAAGUGAAGGUGAUUCGGGUCUAUAGGAAGAAUGGAGACGGCAAUGAACAGGACAAGGAAUGAGGUCACAUACACUCAGAGUAACCCCCUGUUUGACAUGUCACUCAGCAGGAGUGAUCUCUACAGCCUUCAGCCUGAUGAUCUGAAGUCAUCCAGGCCCAGGAAACUACGGUGUUUUCAUGUCAUAGUUAUUUACCUCAUCCUGCAGACAGUCCUUAAUGCUUUUCUUCUUUAUAAAGUUUUCACACUGGAGGCUUCACUGGCUCACCCCAGAUCAGAGGGGCAAACGUCCAAUGAUGGUUCUCAUGGUUAUGAAAGCUUCCAAACUCUCAUACAAAACAACAGUCAAGAAACCAAGAACCUGAGACACAACCUAUGGACCCUGGAGAGCCAGAUUAAAGGCCUGUGUGGUGAGGAAGGUCAGCUGGACAAACUGAAGACUGACCUGAGCCUGCUCAAUACCACCACCCAUCACCUGGAAGGCAAACUAACAGUCAUCAGCUUGAAGCCAGGACCCCCAGGUCCUCCAGGCACCAAUGGACAUCCGGGUAACCGAGGAGAAAAAGGCAGCAAAGGAGACCAUGGAGAUAACGGCCUUCCAGGACCAAAGGGUGAAAGGGGAGACAAAGGAGAACAGGGAGAGCCAGGUCCUAGGGGUCCACCUGGUGAUGAAGGACCAGGUGCAAAGGGAGAGAAAGGUGACCCUGGCAGUCCAGGUCCUAGAGGACCAAGUGGUUACAAUGGAACACAAGGUCUUCCUGGGCCACCAGGUACCAAAGGAGAGAAGGGAGCGAUGGGAACAGAGUUGACUGUGCGUCUUGUGCCAGGAAAAAACCAAGGACGAGUGGAAGUGAAGCACAACAAUAUCUGGGGCACUGUGUGUGAUGACAGAUUUGACCGUUUGGAUGGCUUGGUGAUCUGUAAGAUGCUGGGCUUCCAGACUGUCCAGUCCACCUUUAUUGCCGACCCAGGGUCUGGCAAGAUCUGGCUGGACGAGCUGCGGUGCACAGGAGCCGAGGAUAAUAUCUUUGAUUGCCCUCAAGGUCAAAUCGGUGUUAAUGACUGCAACCACAAUGAAGACGCUGGGUUACACUGUCUCUAGACUGAAGACGGAAUCUCUGCUCUCAUGGAAUCAAGAGCAACAAAAUGUUUUCUGAAACUCAGUGUUCACUAUAUAAAUCACAGGAAAUAUUACACAUUUUACUUUACUGUAUUCACAUAUUUGACAGUUUUGCUCAAAACUGACUUUAAUGAUUGAGCUUUAAAAACCUGUUAUGAGCUUAUGAUUCAGUACUAUACAAAAGCCUUCACAUUAAUGAUGUAACAGUAAUUUUCCUUGUAGAUCACUAUAAAAUAU